AUGGCUUUACAUGAAGCUUUAAUAGCUUUACAAACUGGAUGUAGUGGUUUAUUAACAUUAAAACAAGAUGAUCCUCAUUUUAAAAAACGUUUUCCAACAAUACCAUAUAUUCAUCAAGGUGAAUUAGAAAUACUUGAUCGACUUACUCAAAUUGGUCGACAUUAUCGUACACUUGAUGAAUAUGUUCAAAAUAUUUUAAAAAAUAAAACAAGUGGUUUAUAUAUAUUAAGUUUUGCUUUUGAACUUCGUUCAAUACUUCAAUCAUAUCUUCAUUGUUUAAGUCAAUUAGAACAUGAAUGCCUUCAAAAUACAUCAUUAACACUUUCACAUCUUACAGUAGCUUUAACAGAUUAUACACUUUUAUUUCCUGCACUUGUUUCAUUAAUAAAUACACUUCAAUCUACUGGUUAUCGUGGUUGUCAAAUUCUUGAUAUAAUUCGUCGUUCAACAUUAGAUGGAAAUACAAUUCUUUCAUCAACAAUAAAAAAAUUAUUAUGUGCAUGUCAUAGAAUAUUAAUUAAACAAAUAACAUCGAUUUUAACACAAGGACAAAUCUAUGAUGAAUAUGGAGAAUUUUUUAUUGGAUUGAAUAAUAAUAUUAAUGUUGAAGCUAUGGGAAUGACAACACCUAGUAUUUCACGUAUGACAUCAACAGUUGCUAGUCGAUCACAUUCACCAGAUAGAGAAAGACAAUCAGUUUUACAGACACCUCAACCAAAUUCUCUAAUAACACCUGGCUAUAGUCAAUAUCAAUUAAUACCUGAAAUGCUUCCAUCAUAUAUUCCACUUCAAUUAGCUGAUAAAAUUUUAUUUAUUGGUGAAUCAUGGCUUUUAUUAAAAAAUAAUGAUGAUGAUGAUAAUGAUAGAAAAUUUUUAUUAUUAAAUCCAAUUGAUUAUGAUGAACAAAAUCAUCUUGUUCAACAACAAUUAUAUGCCUUAACACUUUCAGAUGAUUUAAAUAUGUUUGAAUUAGAACGUAUUAUUGAACAUGCAAGAAUUGAUUUAUCAUUAACGUUAAGAAAUUUAUUUGUUGAUCGUUUUCAUUUAAUUGAUGAACUUGAACAAAUUCGUGGAUUUUAUUUAAUUGAACGUGGAGAACUUUAUACAUUAUUUGUUAAUCGUACAAAUCAAUUAUUAUUAAAUACAAAAAAAUCUACCAAUGCUAUAGAAAAUGAUAUUAAUGAAGUAUUCAAACAAUGUUUAAAUGAUUUACAUUUAGAAACAAUAUUAACAAAUGCAGAUAAAUUUAAAUUUAAACUUAAUUUUCCACAUAGCGAUACUACAGCACAAGAAAUUAGUGGAGCUCGUCGUUUACUCUCUCGAACUCAAGGUCUAACAGAUAAUUCGAAUACUCCAUUUGAUUUUUGGUCAUGUGGUUGGGCAAAUUUAUCUAUACAAUAUCGAGUUAAAUAUCCAAUGAAAGCAUUUUUUAGUGAAAAUUGUAAACAACGUUAUAAUGAUAUAUUUCAUUUAUUAAUUAUUUUACGUUAUGUCCAAAAUGAACUAAAUAGUUUAUGGUUAGCAUUUAAAAAUAAAAAUAAAAAUUCUUUAAUAUGGCAUUUACGUAAUUCUAUGUCAUUUUUUAUUGAUAAUUUUCAAUAUUAUAUACAAAUCGAUGUAUUAGAAUAUAAAUAUCAACAAUUAAUACGUUCAAUAUUAUCAAGUACUGAUUUUCAACAAAUUAAACAUUUACAUGAAUUAUUUUUAGCUGAUAUACAAACACAUUCAUUCAUGCUUUUAAGUACAGCAUAUCAAUCAAUAAAAAAUAUUUUAUCAAUUUGUGUAUCAUUUUGUUUAACAAUAAAACAACAAGAAAAUACGAUUAAUAAUCUUGAUGAAAAUAUUUUACGACAAUUUGGAAAAGAAUUUAAUGAUGAAAUUCGACUUUUAUUUGGUAUAUUAGGUAUGGUUCAAAAACAUAAUGCUUUACCACAUCUGGGUGUUUUCUUAACAAGACUUGAUUUUAAUCGAUUUUUAACAAAUAAUAAUGGAUCAUUUGGAGAAUUUUAA